AUGUUCGUGUAUAGUGUUUUAAGCGUCGUCGCAACGAGAGGCCUUCUGAGCAUUGUGAACAAAACUCGGCGAGCGCUUGCGGAUUUGGCGGAGUCGCCUCCGCAAAUCCUCAUUUACUUGCAUUAUUUUAAUGGAGCUAUUGUGGGCAGAUGUCCUUUGUCGUGUGCAGAUGCGGAUGCGGAUGCGGAUCCGGGGAAUGUCCCGGUGCAUAAGUGCAUCACUGGCCUCAUUCGGCCGCUCGAUUCCGAAUUAAAGAGCAGAGGGCUCCGUUUCAGUAUAGGCUAA